AUGGCCCCCAGCAGAGGUGCCACGCUCAUCAGCAGCCACGUCGCUCGAUUCAUCCGUCUUCCAUCCCCACGAUGCUGCUCUCGCGGCUUGACGACGAAUGCCGCACUCCGGUCUGGUCACAGCCGCUGGAGUAAGAUCCAGCACGACAAGGCCAAGGUGGAUAUGCGCAAGAACAAGCAACGCUCCAUCUUCGCCGCCCAGAUCGCACUCGCUUCGAAGCUGAACGGACCCGAUCCCAACACCAACCCCCAUCUCUUCGACCUCAUUGCCCAAGCUAAGCGUGAAGGCUUCGCAAAGGCUUCUAUCGAAGCAGCCAUAGCUCGAGGCCAAGGCCGGAGCUUGAGUGGCGCCAACUUGGAGACGGUCACCGUCGAGGGCAUCCUGCCCAAUAACGUCGCUGUCAUUGUGGAAUGCGAGACGGAGAGCAAGCUCCGAACAUUAGCGGAGGUUCGACUCGCAAUCAAAAGUAAUGGAGGCUCAGCGACACCGACGAGCUACCUCUUCACCAAGAAGGGCGUCGUCACUUUCCAGAAAAAGGACGGCGUAGGCGUUGACGAAGCCUUCGAGGUUGCCCUAGAGGCUGGCGCGACAGAUGUGGACAGCGACCCGGAUGGUAGGAUAGUCGUUUCGACAGAGCCCUCGGACUUGAGUGCUGUAGGAGAUACGAUUGCACGAGCGUUGGAUUUACAAAUUGUAUCAUCUGAGGUCAUAUGGGAUCCCAAUGAGGACACCAAGGUUGAGAUACCAAGUGAAGAGGCGGCGGGUGAAUUGAGUGACUUCGUGGACGAAUUGCUGCAAAAAGAACAGAGUGUUCAGUCGAUUUCGCUAAAUGUGUCUCAAGGAAAGCUGGACAGUGAGAUAUGGAAGGACUUGACUGCUCGAUUCAGCCGGUAA